UCAUAGUGCCCCGGGACAGGCAGGUGGAAAUGCUGCAUGAGCAGGUGGCAUCAGCAGCAGAAAGACCAUGAGGGAACCCGCCGGGUGGUGAGUGAACAGAGGAGCAGGCCAACAUCUGGCUGGUAUGUGCGCUCUGGCUUUGGCUUCCAGCAGUACCACGGGGAGAGCAGCCCAGUUCCCCCUUCCCACCGCUCCGCCCCGGAAGCCCGUAACGAUAGCGACAAGAACGACCGCCGCCGUACAUCAGCCAAAAGGAAUUGUCCUCUGUCACGUCCCGUCUCCUUCCCCUGGAUCCCAGUCACCAUGUCCGAAAGCCGACGGGCCCCCGGCGCUAACCAGGCAGCCAUCACCGCCGAGUCCGGCGGCGUCCUCAAGGUGACGGUGAAGACCCUCAAGCAGAAGGAGCAGUUUGAGGUAGCAGAGAGCAGCACCAUCUGGGCGUUUAAGGAGGAGGUUGCCAAGCGCUUCAAGGCUCCCUCUGACCUGCUGGUGCUAAUAUUUGCUGGGAAGAUCCUAAAGGAUCAGGACACACUGAGCCAGCACGGGGUCCGCAGUGGAUUCAGCAUCCACCUUGUCAUCCGGUCCCAAAAGAGGCCCCAGGACCACCCGGCUGAGCCGAUGGAUGCUGCCGCCCCACCGAUGCCGUCCGCAAAUAGCAGCGCUUCUAACCUGCUUGCCUGGGGGCAGGGCCCCUCUCUGCAGCACCUGGGCCUGAGAUACUCCGACGUGUCCGAGCUGCAGGGGCGCUUGGAAGAGCUGGUGGCAUCCAGCCGGGAGUUAGUGGCGCAGAUCAUGGAAAACCUCUUGUUUGAGAUCAUCACUUCGGACCUGGAUCUGAACACCAUCAACAGCAACCCGUUCCUCUUGGGCUUCCUCAUCGGGGUGACAGGCAUGAGCGUGCUGGGUCUGGACCCAACCGACGUGUCGGAUUUAAUGAGCGAGGCCUCAGAGGCUGACGGUUCCAUACAGGACUUGAUGAGUGAGGUGGCACAGAAUCCCUUGGUGCAGAACAUCCUCACCAACACGGACCUGGUCCAGGAGAUCCUUCUCUCCAAUCCGCAGAUGCAGCAGCUGGCCGAGCAAAACCCCGAGAUUAAUCACAUUCUCCGCAACCCAGAUUUCAUCCGGGAAAUGACUGAGGUCUCCAGCAGCCCGGCAAUGCUGCAAGAAAUUAUCAGGAACCAUGACCGAGCCUUAAGCAACCUGGAGAGCAUCCCGGGUGGAUAUAGUGCCCUGCAGCAGCUGUACAGCGAGAUAGAGGAACCAAUGAUGAAUGCCGUGCAAGCUCAGUUUGGGAGCAACCCGUCUGCAUCAUUGGAGAAUAACCCACCCUUGGAUGGGGCCAGUCCGCCAGCCCGGAUGGAAAACAGAGACCCUUUACCAAACCCUUGGGCCGCUCGGACGAACAGGGCCGGUGAUAUUGUGAAUAACCAUAGCCAUCGUACCAGCCAUAGCACAGGGCAGAACUUUAUUGUUCUAAAUUUUGGGCCUGGAGCAGGCCCUGGGUUUGCCAACACAGGAGGAAUUCAGAGUAUGGUUCAGCAGCUAACAGGAAACCCAGAGUUCAUGCAGAACAUGGAGAGCGUGUUGUCCAAUCCCAAUGGCCCAGCACAGAUGCUGCUGAAUAAUACCCACCUCUCCAAUGAUGGACGUUCUCGGCCUCAAGACGAAAGGACACACCAGGUUCCUCCGGAGUUGGAGAGCGCUGAAAUCGCCCCCUUAUUGACCAGCCCUAGAGCCAUGCAGGCUUUGUUACAGAUUCAGCUGGGCUUGCAGACGCUCUCAGCCGAGGUCCCAGAUUUUAUCCUAGGGCUGGGGGACCGGGACGUGGAACUGGAGCUGGAAAGCAUGGAAGGGUCCGUUCCCAGUAGCGAGUCCGAGGAGGAUGUCAGUCUAUCAUCAGACAAGGAUGAACCUGAAGGCCAAGGGUGUGUGGAUCAGCAGAGGCCAGACGUCAGAUUUGAGCGACAAAUGGAGCAGCUCAGAACAAUGGGCUUCCAGGACCGGGAAGCGAAUUUACAGGCUCUGAUCGACACAGAAGGGGAAAUCAAUGCAGCCAUUGAGAUGCUAACAAAGUCCCAGCCAAGCAAGAUAUUGUAACGUGUUCAUUUUGCC